CAUGGAUCCACCAACCCGAGCUUACGGCUCACCGCAGCAUGCCGCCCACCAUCCCUUGCCUUACAUCAACCUGCAGCUCGAAUUUGGCGACAUUGCAACACUCUUGCUAAGUCGCUCUGCCAAAGAGACACCUACACCUGGCGCUCAACAUGGCGUGCCCCCAUAUUGGAGCAGCUAAUCUCUCGAAGCCGACUCCUGCCGAUUCGGUUUAUCGCGAAGACUGCACUCAGUGCUUUGACUCCAUUGACGACCCAGAUGGCCUGGAUGUCUGCCUUAAGUGCUUCAACGGCGGCUGCGCCGGCAACCGCAACCAUGCCAGGCUGCACAGCAACACUCGGAAGCACCCCCUCGUUCUCAAUAUCCGCCGUGCCCGAAAACGCGUCGUCCGAGACGAGCCUCCCCUGAAAAUGUCGAAGCUUGCCAUUGCCGCCGAGACCGAGGCCGACAAGUAUGACACGACGCUGGCUGUCAAGUGCCUCGAGUGCGGGAUCGACGACAUUGACAAGACCGACCCAGCGAUUGCGCCAGUUGUGGAUGCCGUUAUGAAGGCACACACGUUUUCGCGGAAAGAGGAGGUCAAGGCGUGGGAGCAGGAGUUGACCAGCUGCGAGCACAUUCUCACGUUGCAGCAGGGGCCGCCCCGGAAGAUCGAGUCACAGAACUUGGGGCACUGCUCCAAGUGCGAUCUGAAGGAAAACCUCUGGCUUUGCCUGGAGUGCGGCAACCUCGGCUGCGGAAGGGCGCAGUUUGGUGGUGUGGGCGGGAAUUCGCAUGCUCUGGCGCACUCAACAGAGUCCAACCACGGCGUGGCUGUGAAACUCGGCUCGAUUACGCCCGAGGGCAACGCGGAUGUGUACUGCUACAAAUGCGACGAGGAACGGAUCGACGAGGACCUCGGUUCUCACCUGGCCAAUUGGGGCAUCAUCCUAUCAGAGCGGCAGAAGACGGAAAAGAGCUUGACCGAGAUGCAGAUCGAGCAAAACUUGCGCUGGGAGUUUUCGAUGACGACUGAAGACGGCAAGGAGCUGACCCCGCUCUUCGGCCCUGGCCUGACGGGUCUCAAGAACCUCGGAAACAGCUGCUAUCUGGCCAGCAUUCUGCAGUGCCUCUACGACAUGCCGUCCUUCCAGCAACGGUACGGUGGCCUUCUGUCGACUUCUGACGCGUCAGACCCUGCGCAAGACCUGGAGACCCAACUUCGGAAGAUUGGGGAUGGUUUACUUUCUGGACGCUACUCUAAGCCCGACUCGGAUGUCAUUACCUCGGAGCUUUCGCCAGAGAUUCCACAUCAGAAGGGGCUUCAGCCAUCGAUGCUCAAGCACUUGAUGGGACGCGGUCACCCGGAGUUCUCAACCAUGCGCCAACAAGACGCCUUUGAGCUCCUCCAGCAUCUCAUCAAGCUCAUCACGCGAUCGAAGCACCCCGCAGAGCUCGGCGAUCCCACCCAGGCGAUGCGCUUUGUCAUGGAGCAGCGCCUGCAGUGCCUGGGAUGCAACAAGGUCCGCUACAGCAGCACCGAGCAGGACAGCAUAUUCAUCGACGUCCCGCUCGAAAAGCUCCCGGCCGAGGAGGGCCAGAAGCCCGAGUACAAGCCGGUCCAUUUCAAGCAGUGCUUGGACAACCUGACGGCGCCGGAGACCGUCGAGCUGACUUGCGCGUCGUGCGGCAGCAAGCAAGGGUUCCUGAAGCGCACGCUCUUCAAGACGUUCCCCGAUGUCCUCGUCGUCAACGCCCGCAAAAUGACGCUCGAGAACUGGGUCCCCAUCAAGGUCGACGUUCCCGUCCUGAUCGGCGACGAACCAUUCGCGCUGGACUCGUACCUCUCCAAGGGCCUACAGCCCGAUGAGGAGCUCUUGCCAGAGGAGGCCGCCGCCGCGAGCAACGUACCCGCCUUUGUGCCUAACCAGGAAGCCCUCGUGAUGCUCCAAGAGAUGGGCUUCCCGCAGGUCCGGUGCGAGAAGGCGCUGCACGCGACCGGCAACAGCGAUGCGAACGCGGCUAUGGAGUGGCUGUUUGCCCACAUGGACGAUCCGGACAUCGAUGCGCCUCUCAACCUCGGCGGCGGCGCGGCCGAAAAGCCGGCCGCCGCGGUCGACCCCGAGAAGCUCGCGCAGCUGGAGGCGAUGGGCCUCGGCGGGCCGAGGGCGGUCAAGGCUCUCAAGGAGACGGGCGGGGACGUCGACAGGGCGGUCGAGUGGCUGUUUAGCCACCCCGAUGACCAGGGUGACUUUGGGGAGGAGGAUGCGACAAGCAGCGGGCAAAGCGAGGGGGUGGGCAAAAAAGGAGAGGCGGGAAGCAGCGCGCUGCCGGCGAACUUCCAGCUGCAAUCCAUCGUCUGCCACAAGGGCACCAGCAUCCAUGCGGGACACUACGUCGCGUUCAUCCGCAAGAAGCUCGGCGAGGAAGUUUCCUGGGUCCUGUUCAACGACGAGAAGGUUGUCAAGGCUGGGAAUGCGGACGAAAUGAAGCAGUUCGCCUACAUCUACUUCUUCAAGCGGGUUUAGCUCACGGGAGGCGGGUUUCGGGUUAUGACAAAGCACAAGCAUAACAAGACAACGGGCGAGCGGUCGGCCACGGUACUUCCGUAGAGAAAAAGAUGUGGCGUAGAAUAUACUUCCGACCAGUGUGAGCUGAAACAAGAAUGCAUUCCCGAAUCGCGCUCGACCCUUUGCUUUCCUUCCCAGGUAUCUAUACCGUAUUGUCCCGUCCAGCAAACUCCCCAAAACUCCGAACAACCACAAAACAAAGCCCGCACAUAAGCGUCAUAUUAUUACAC